AUGCCCUUCUACCAAAGUCUUCCUAAUGUAGAAAAGGGAGACUACCUUUAUCAAGAAGAUAAUGCAAGUUAUCAUAAGACUACCUUGGCAGAAAAGUUCAAGAAAGAUCUUGGAUUGAAGAUUUUGGAGUGGCCUCCUAACAGUCUGGACUUGAGUCCAAUUGAAAAUAUCUGGGGUCUUCUUGAUAACAAAAUCCGCGCAAGACGACCUCAGCCUAUCACAUUGUGA